AUGGCCUCUCAUUCAUACAAAUCAGCAUUAGCUACCGAGCAUACCUAUACUCAGCUCUCGAAUUCUGUCUCCUUCUACCGCCCCAAUGGUCUCUCCGAAACCAACACAGAUUCCCCAAAACUUAUCUUGCUCGCUACAUGGAUGGAUGCAGCCAACGCACACAUUGGCAAGUACAUCGUUCGCUAUCAAGCGCUUUAUCCCAAUGCCCAUAUUUUGCUGGUCAAAUCGUGCUUCCCAUAUUAUUUCAGCCCUAGCAGGGCACGACGAGACUUGAUGCCCGCCACACACGUAAUUCGUGAUGUUCUUGAUCCCGAAAAGAUCGGUGGCAGCAGCGACAAAAGCAAAACCCCUAGCAUGUUGAUCCAUGUAUUCUCCAAUGGCGGAUCCUGCAUGGUCUACCAUUUAGACGAUCUGUAUGCGGAGAACUAUCAAGAUCGUUUACUCCCAUGGCACACGACCAUAUUCGACUCGGUUCCCGGAAGCUGGACCUAUCCUGGCGGGAAAGACUCGGUGCUGGUGGGACUUCCUUCUGGGAUUGUACGCACGCUCGCGAUUCCGUUUUUGCACCUUCUAGGGAUAUUUUGGUUCUUCAAAUUCAAGAUCUUCAGAAUACAGGAACUAGCGUCUGUGUGGGCGCAAGCUCAUAGUGACACUGUACGGAUUCGUGAAAGCCGCCGGGCGUAUUUCUACAGCAAGGAAGACAAAUUUGUUCACUUCGGAACAGUGGAGGAGCACGCUGAUAACGCUGAAGCCAAUGGAUUUGUGGUUGAGUAUAGGGAGAAUUUUCCUAAUAGCGGUCAUGUAGUACACGCACGGUCUGCUCCAGAUUGGUAUUGGGCUCUCUGUCAAAGCGUUUGGGAAGCAAGUAUUGAUUCGGUCGAAGACAAAAAAGAGAAUUAG